AUGGCAUCUGAUCCGUUUUUUGUUAGUCCAAAGUCAAAAAAACGAAAGGCAACGUCGUUUGAAACUACUUUAAAAAAUGGAAAGAGAAUUAUGGAUAAACUGGCCGAAAACUCGGAUGAGGAAGAAAAAACUUACAGUGAUGACAUAGGACCUGGUGGCAUUGAUGACUUGGAUUUGGAAAAAAGUGAUGAAAGCGAAGAAGAGCUUGAAAUCAAUGAGACACCAGCUGAAAAGAGACGACGACUUGCAAAGAAAUACAUAGAAACUAUCGAAAAGGAACUAGACGACGCCGGUUUUGACGCUGCUGAUAUUGACCGAGAUUUAAUUGCUGAAAGGCUACGGAAAGAUGCGCUAGAACAAACAGGAAGAGCUCAUCGUAUAAUAGCGGAUACGUUUUCAUUUCCAAUUGAUUAUUCUGCUAUAAAAUCUGGACGUCUUGAACUUUCGGCUACGUGUGCAGCAAUUAUGGAAUCUGGGCAAUUCUUUUAUAUAGGAUCUAAAGACCAUUCUAUCUCGAAAUGGGAUGUGAAAACUGGUAAAAAAUUGCACGUUUUUCCAGGAGGUAGAAAAGAGAUCAAAAAGUACGAUGGACACACAAAUCAUGUUUUAGCUUUGGCAGUGAGCUCUGAUGGAAAUUAUAUGGCUAGCGGUGGCGUCGAUAAAAACAUUAAUAUAUGGUCUGUAAAGGAAGACAAGCUGCUAAAGUGUUUUACACAACACAAAGAUUCAAUAACAGGGCUUGUAUUUCGUAAAGGACAUAAUCAACUAUAUAGCUGUUCUUUGGAUCGCACGAUCAAGCUUUGGAAUAUCGAUGAUAUGGGUUAUAUAGAAACAUUAUUCGGACAUCAAGAUCAAAUUAUGUCAAUUGACAUUCUUUCACGUGAACGUUGUGUUACAGUUGGCGCACGAGAUCGAACGUGUAGGUUAUGGAAAAUAGUCGAGGAAUCACAAUUGAUUUUUCACGGUAGCACCAAGGAAGCAACAACGGAUGACGGUCAAAACUUUAAAGAAGGGAGUUUGGAUGUUGUGGCGAUGAUUGAUGAGGAGAACUUUCUCAGCGGAGGAGACAGCGGUUCUAUCUGCUUGUGGAACACCAACGUAAAGAAACCUGUUUUUGUAAAGCAGCUUUCGCACGGUUUACAAGAUUUUGAAUCGGAAAGCGAAGGUUCUAUCAAAUCUCCAUGUUGGAUUACUGCUCUAGCUACUGUGCGAUUCUCGGACCUUUUUGCUUCGGGAUCAUGGGACGGAAACAUUCGUCUCUGGAAAUUGACGGAAAAUAUGCGUUCUUUCACGCUUUUGACAGAAAUUUCUAUGAUAGGAUUUGUGAAUACUUUGCAGUUUAUGACUUCCAUGGAUAAUAAAACUUAUCUUUUAGCUGGUAUUGGUCAAGAGCACAAAUUGGGUAGAUGGAAAAGAAUAAAGAAAGCCAGAAAUGGAUGGAGGCUGAUUGAGUUGGCAUCCAAGGUGUGA